AUGGCUUCGCGACCUACCGUCUCUAUCAUCGGCAAAGAUGGUGCUCCCACUGGAGCUACCCACGCCAUUCCCGCCGUCUUCACCAGCCCGAUCCGACCGGACAUUGUCCAGCAGGUUCACACCGGUAUCGCUAAGAACAAGCGACAGCCUUAUGCUGUGAGCGAGAAGGCCGGUCACCAGACCUCUGCCGAGUCUUGGGGAACUGGUCGUGCUGUCGCCCGUAUUCCCCGUGUUUCUGGUGGUGGUACUCACCGUGCUGGUCAGGCUGCCUUCGGUAACAUGUGUCGUUCCGGUCGCAUGUUCGCCCCUACCAAGAUCUGGCGCAAGUGGCACAUCAAGGUCAACCAGGGUCAGAAGCGAUACGCCGUCGUCUCUGCUCUCGCUGCCUCCGCUGCCGUUCCCCUGCUCCAGGCCCGUGGCCACCAGGUCAACUCCGUCCCUGAGGUUCCUCUGGUUGUCGACUCCGCCGUCUUCGAGGGUGCUGCCAUUGCUAAGACCGCUGCUGCUUUCGGUCUCCUGAAGGCUGUUGGUGCUGGUCCCGAUAUCGAGAAGGUCAAGGGCUCCAAGAAGCUCCGUGCUGGUAAGGGCAAGCUCCGUGGCCGACGCCACCGCCAGCGACGUGGCCCUCUUGUCAUCUACGACCCCGAGACUGAUGGCAAGGAGCUCGUCACUGCUUUCCGCAACAUCACUGGUGUCGAGACCUCCCCCGUCACCGCUCUCAACCUCCUCCAGCUCGCCCCUGGUGGUCACCUCGGCCGCUUCAUCGUCUGGACCUCUGCUGCCUUCAAGGCCCUUGACGAGAUCUACGGUUCCACCACUGAGGCCUCUGCCCACAAGCGUGACUUCCUCCUCCCCUCCAACGUUGUCUCUCAGGCCGAUCUUACUCGUCUGAUCAACAGCUCUGAAAUCCAGAGCUCUCUCAACGCUCCCAAGGGCGAUGCUGUCACCCGCCGAUCUGCUGUCCAGAAGAAGAACCCUCUUAAGAACAAGCAGGUCAUGCUUCGCCUGAACCCUUAUGCCUCCGUGUUUGCCCAGGAGGCUCAGAAGAAGCAGAACUAA